GCAGAGGCUGCGACCCUGCUCCCGUCGGGAAUUCUGGGAAGCGUAGUCCAGGACGUCUCUGUAGACAGAGUCGCUUCCGCUCCCGGUACAGGAGGACGCGGCCUUCAUUCCUCUGCGAAAGGUGUACAAUAUAGUGAUCCGUACUUCUGUGUUCCUGACAAGUGCACUCCUUAAUCCCCAUCUCCUGUGUCACCCAUCCCUCCACCAGCCUCCAUUCUGAUGAAGAAACAGAAACAUCAAGAGGUUAAUUAUUUUGCAGUUUACUCUGCUAUUAAGUGGCAGAAUCUUGAUUGAAGCUUGGCAACCUGAUUCUAUAGCCUAGGCUCUUGGCCAAAACACUCUGCUUUUAUCAGACUGGCAAGUAUCAGAGUGAGUCCAUAGGAGCAGAGAGGUCUGUGAGGAGCGCUGAGUAUCAUUGUGCAGACUGUCCCGUGCAUGAGGGCAUCCUGCCAGGAUAACCUCAUGGUAGCUGGAAUCAAGCCCACACCUGGCCUGCCAAGGUGUGUGUGGCAGCAUCUUCUGGGAGCAAGUCUCUGCCUUUCCCUAGGAAAAGGAGGAAAAAAUGAUCAAGUUCCAGAGACCCAGGCCUGAGGUGGUGACAUUUGGAGCUCCAGCCAGAACAAAGAUCUUCACACAAAAAAUUUACAUUUUACUACAGUAAAAAGUUAUAAGACAAAUAGCCCAAGUAGAAUGAAAAAUAUUUGCAACAUAUUUGGAAGAAAGAACUUAAUGUCCCCAAAAUGAAUAUUUUGAAUACAGCAAGAGCAAGAGAUGACCAGCAAAUACAUAAAAGGGAGUGGUCUUCAUUACUAAUCAGCUUUGUGAAAAUUUUUCUAAAUAACUGGUCUUUACUUCCCAAAUUUACUUCUGAGAUUAUCAGAGUUUUUUUUAAGUAUUCAUAUCUGGCAUUCAUAUCUGUUUUAAGUAUUCGUAUCUGGUAUAGAAGUUUAGGGAUUUAUAUGUGGAAGAAGAAUGAGCUGGAAAAAUCUUUUUUGGAGGAAACACCUGUCAUGAAUCAAAAUGCUGAAAGUUUUCAUUCAGCAUUACCAUUUCUACUUUUCAAUAUUCAUUUUAAGGAGAUAAUCCAAGGGAUUUUUGUUGUGACAUUGUUUAUGAUAGAUAAUCUAAAACUGCAUUAUUUAGAUGAGUUGAUCGUAUCCUACCUAGAUCAUUGACUUACUGUACAGUGCUGCAGUAGGAUGACAGACGUGAUCAUAAUACUAAUCAUAAGGGGCGCCUGGGUGGUUCAGUCAGUUAAACAUCUGCCUUCAGCUCAGGUUGUGACCCCAGGGUCCUGGGAUCAAGUCCUGCAUCAGGCUCCCUGCUCAGCAGGGAGCCUGCUUCUUGCUCUGCCUCUGCCUGCUUGUGCUCUCUCUCUCUCUCUGACAAAUAAAUAAAAUCUUUAAAAAAAUAAAUAAUACUAAUCAUAAUAAUAGCUAACAUUUUUUGGGUACUCUGUGCCAGGCCCUGCUCCAAAUUGCUUUCCCUAGAGUCGCUCAUGUUGUUAUGCGUACCCUAUGGUACAGGUAUCAGCACAUGGAGGAGAGAAUGAAGACCUUCUCCAAGGGCAGGUAGCUAGCACGAGGCAGAGCAUUCAGUGUGAGGACAGGCAGCCCGGCUCUGGAGCUGUGCCCACGCCACCGCUGCACACUCCGGGCGGGGGUGGGGGUGCAUAGAGGGUGAACUCCAUACUCCAACAGUAUGUAAAAGACCGAUACCUGUAAGUUUGUCAAACUAAGUAAGUGGAAUGUGUGUGUGUGUGUGUGUGUAAAAUGGAGAACAGAGACUCUCCAUCACAUGCUAUUGGUACUAAAGCUUUUCUGGGGGCAAAUGGUGUUCCUAAUAAAAUUUAAAAUUAUAAAUUUAAAAUUAUAAAUUUAUUAUAAAUUAUAAAAUUAUAAAUUUAAAAUUAUAGCAGCCUAGGAGUGCUAACAAAAGGCAGCUCUUUGUUUGUUUGGCGGCGAUGUAAUGUCCACGAUUUCUUGCGUCCCUUUUGGUGGACGGAAUGAGUGUCAUAGAAGGCAGCUACUUUGAUUGGGUCCCCCAGAUUCUAGAACAGCUUCCCAUCCUUGACACUUUCUCAGUGCUGCCCCUCUUCCAUAAACACAGUCUGCAUGUGCUUGGUGUUGUAGGAGGCGGUGACGUUCAAGGACGUGGCGGUGGUCUUCAGUGAGGAGGAGCUGGGGUUGCUGGACCCUGCCCAGAGGAAGCUGUACUGCGAUGUGAUGCUGGAGAACUUCAGGAACCUGGUCUCUGUGGGGAACCAGCCCUUCAAGCCAGACCUUAUAUUCCAGCUGGAGAGAGAAGAAAAGCUCUUGAUGAUAGAGACAGAAACCCAAAGAGAUGGAUAUUUAGGAGCCAAGAGUCAACACAAUAUGGAGAGUAAUCAAGAAGUGGGAUUACACUACAUUCCUCCCAAAGAGGUUUCUUCCCGGCAGACCUGGCAACAGGGUGCAGACAGGUUAACCAGGUGUGUAGAUUCCAUGAAAAUUUUUCAAGGGAAUAUUUCUCAGUUGCAAAAACAAGGCAAUGUCCCCUGCAAGCUUUGGGCAGGAGUGCCAGUUCAUAUUUCUGAAGAGGAGAACUGUAUAUUGACUCAUAUAGAGGAUGUUUCCAAUUGCCUAGAAAGUCAAGAAUUUCCAUCUUGGAGAUCCCAGCAUUCCUGGAGGAAAAUGUAUCUGACAGAGUCACAUAAUUAUCAGUGUAGAUGUCAGCAAAUUUUGAUGAAAAAUAAUUUCUGUAAGUGUGACAGCACCAGUUGGGUAUCACAUCACAAUGACAAUGUGGAAGUGCACCAAACAGAAAAAAACUACAGCUGCCAUAAUUGUGGAGGGAACAUCAUGAAGGUUUCAUUGCUUAAUCAAGACUUAAUUCAAACAGGGCAAAAGCCCUAUUCCUGUAAUGAGUACAGAAAAGCCUUCAGUGAUGAUUCCAGCUCGGAAGUUUAUCAGCAGUUACACUUAGAAGGGAAGACGCAUUCUUACCGUCCGUGUAGAAAGGGUUGCAGUUACAGUUCAGCUCUUUGUAUUAAUCAAAGUGUUCAUAGAGGAGAUGGUUGUAUUUUUGAGAGUUCACACCUGCAGUCCCAUCAGAGAGAACAUAGAGAACAUACAGAGGAGAAGCCAUGUAAAUGUGGAUAUGGUGAGAACUUCAGUCAGUGCCCCUCUCUCAACACUUGUGAACUUCACACGGGGGAGACUUCCUGUAGAUGCAAUAUUUAUGAGAAAGACUUCAGUCAUAGCUUAGACCUUAACAGUAUUUUUAGGGUCUGUACUGUGGAGAAACCCCAUGAAUAUGAAGAGAAUGGGGAUGUCUUUCAUCAGAGUUCUUGUCUUCAAGUUCACCAGAAAACCCACACCGAAGAGAAACUAUACACAGAUGUGGAAUAUGAGAAGGGUUUUAUUUGUAGCUCAAAUCUUAACAUUCAGCGUCCUUAUAAUUCCGAGGACUGUGGUAAUGGCUUCAGUCUGGCCUCCCAUUUUCAGGACCUUCAGAUAGUCCACACAAGGGAAAAGCCAUAUAAACAUUAUGCAUGUGGUAACAGCUUCAACCAAAAUUCAUAUCUUCAAGGUCAUCAGAAAAUUCACACUGGAGAGAAAGCUUAUAAGGAUUGUGGGAAUGGCUUCAGUUGGAAUUCAAAACUUAAAGAUCGUCAGAGAGCCCACGCUGGAGAGAAGCCAUACAAAUGCAAUGCCUGUGGUAAAGGCUUCAGUCAUAGGUCAGUUCUUAAUGUUCAUCAGAGAGUCCACACAGGAGAGAAACCUUAUAAAUGUGAGGAGUGUGACAAGGGAUUCAGUCGGAGUUCAUACCUUCAAGCCCAUCAGAGAGUCCACACUGGAGAAAAACCAUACAAAUGUGAAGAGUGUGGGAAGGGCUUCAGUCGCAAUUCAUACCUUCAAGGCCAUCAGAGAGUUCACACUGGAGAGAAACCAUACAAGUGUGAAGAGUGUGGGAAGGGCUUCAGUCGGAGCUCACACCUUCAAGGCCAUCAGAGAGUCCACACUGGAGAAAAACCAUUCAAAUGUGAGGAGUGUGGGAAGGGAUUCAGUUGGAGCUUUAAUCUUCAAAUUCAUCAGAGAGUCCACACUGGAGAGAAACCCUAUAAAUGUGGAGAAUGUGGUAAGGGCUUCAGUAAAGCCUCAACUCUUCUGGCCCAUCAGAGAGUCCACACAGGAGAGAAGCCAUACCAGUGUGAUGAGUGUGGUAAGAGCUUCAGUCAGAGGUCAUACCUUCAAAGCCAUCAGAGUGUCCACACUGGAGAGAGACCAUAUAUAUGUGAGGUAUGUGGGAAGGGCUUCAGUCAGAGAGCUUAUCUUCAAGGUCAUCAGAGAGUCCACACUAGAGUGAAACCAUACAAAUGUGAGAUGUGUGGGAAGGGCUUUAGUCAGAGUUCCCGCCUUGAAGCACAUCGGAGGGUCCAUACAGGAGGGAAACCAUACAAAUGUGAGGUAUGCACAAAGGGCUUCAGUGAGAGUUCACGCCUUCAAGCACAUCAGAGGGUCCACACAGAAGGGAGGCCCUAUAAAUGUGAACAGUGUGGUAAGGGUUUCAGUGGGUUUUCAAGUCUUCAAGCUCAUCACAGAGUCCACACUGGGGAAAAACCAUACAAAUGUGAGGUGUGUGGAAAGGGCUUCAGUCAGAGAUCAAACCUUCAGGCUCAUCAGAGAGUCCACACAGGAGAGAAACCAUACAAAUGUGAUGCAUGUGGUAAGGGUUUCCGUUGGAGCUCAGGUCUCCUUAUUCAUCAGAGAGUCCAUAGUGGUGAUAAAUUCUAUAAAAGUGAAGAGUAUGGUAAGGAUUAUCCAUCAGAGAAUCCGUACAGAAAUGAAGUUCUAUAAAACAGUUCUGUUUGUUCUGAAACCCUCAACUAGGAACUGAAAUUUUCCAAUCGCUACAGCUAUUAUAGUAGAAAAAAUUUCUUUAAUGAAAAUGUAAUAUUUCUGCCCAACCUCGACAUUCACAAUAGUCCGACCACACAGCAGAGACAUCUAACUGGAGAGUUACCAUAAAGGAAUUUUGUCACAACUUUAACAGGCAUUGUGCGUGACUUUAACUAUCGUUGCACUAGGGCUUUUGAAAGAUAAGAGUAACAAAAGUACAAUGACGAGUGUGCCUAAACCCAUGUCCUAUCUAAUACAAGCUUAGUGAGGGAAGAGGCUUCAUUCAUUACUGAGUUUACAAAACCAUGACAUUGUGUAACUCAUUGUAUGUGCUCAGUACUUUUUGCCUAAUGACUAAAAAUGUAUAAAAGUAUCCUAUUUAAAAAUUUUAUUAAGUUCAUCCCCCCACCACCCCCCCACACACAGAAAGACAUUUAAAAAUGCUUGGAGGAGGAAUCCUGCAAGUAACCUUGAUAUAAGCACUUCAAAUGUGAAAACAUUCCUUGAAAUACUGGAUAUCAAGCAAUAUUGCAGUCUGAAAUUACGUGAACUUGACUGUAACCCUGCAGGGAUUGGCUCCCAUCCUUUGUCCUGUCUUAAACAGGAGGAGCUGAAUUCUUACCAUGUAGUCUCUUUCUAUACAGUAUAUCAUCAGUUUAAGUUUAGCACUGUGUGUGUGUGUGUGUGUGUGUGUGUGUGUGUACACAUGUAUGUGCACUUUAAAUGACAGUACAAACUGAAAAACAGUGUUUUUUGUUACACUGCAUUUUACAUAAUUGACUUUUUACUCCUGCCCUGUGUGUUAAGGUAGAGUUUUACUGUAAGAUUUGAAAAGUGUCAGAAAUGGUUACUAAUGAAAAAUACUUUUUCAAUAAAUGUCAAAAUUAUAAUACUUUGGUUCUUUAGUCUCCAUAUUGACAUCAAAGUUCUUUUAAUCUGACUGAUUUCUAAGAGUUACAGUCUUUGUCCAAUUCAAACCUCCUUAGUUAGAAUCUGUGAUGCUUUUGGAGGGCUUUAAUUUUAUCAAGUUCUCCAUCCCUGUCCUCCCACUCACACGAAGAAAGGAAAAAUCUUGGAUUUUUCUGAACAUCUUAUGAAAUGUAUUGGUUAUUAAGAUAAGAUUGCCUUUUACUUGCUAGUCUCUAUCUUCCAAAAACAAUGCAUUCUAUUGGUGGGUUUGAAAACAACACAAGUUUGUUAGAGCAGAGUCAUACUAUAUAUGUACACGUAUAUAUAUAGUGUAUGUACACCAUAUAUAGGAUAUAUAGUAUUUCCAGGUGGGUAUGCACAUUUUACAUACAUACAUAUAUAUCUAUGGAAAUACUAUGUAUAUAUAUGUAAAAUGUGCAUACCCACCUGGAAACAUAGAAUAAUAAUUUAUGAUAAAGCAAUUUUAAUAGAAAAAAUUGUAGAAUGUGGGUAAUUUUUUAAACUGGAAAUAAGUAAGGGUUUGAAUAAAUUUCUCUAAAUUCCUAUCAAAUGGAGUGACAGAAAGUAAGGCAUCAAUCAAAAAUGACAAAGAAUCAUGCAUAUUGUGCAGUGAAAAUGUGAUUGUACCUUCAUAAUAUCCAGUUAUUUAAGUCUGUAUACAUAUGUGUUCAAACACAUGCCUCAUAGAUGUUGUAUGAAAGAUUACUCAUCAUCAUAUAUACAAUGGUUUUCUCUGACAAGCAAAA